AUGAAAGGCUUCAGGCAAAGAGUGCACGAGCAGCUAUCGCGGGCGAAGGAUUCCAACAAGUCCUCCAAGAAGAAGGAUUCAAAUUCCGGCGCAGCCUCUCCCCUCUCGGCUUCAUCCACCACGGUUGGUGGUGACUCUAGAUCUCCCAAUAGCUCCAAUACCGCCACCCCUACCUCCUCUUCGACGAACGUCAAUGACAUCCGGAGUAAGACCAACAGUAACGAUGGUGGACCCGGUAAUCUCACGGGUACACAUCAUGGUGGUAGUACUACGGGACCCGGGAGUAUAGCGCAGCACUUUAUGCAACAGGCUCCUGGUCAUGGAGCGGCGGGAACGGGCCUUCCAGGUCGACAAGGAGGUCAUAUUGCUCCGAGUGUCAUCAUCAGUCCAAGUAAUACUCCGCACAUGGCGGCACCAGGUGCCACGGAGACUAUGCCUGGUGACCUUGCGCCUCCAAAGGCCGGACAGAAAUCUCUCUUGUUUGAUCGACUACAAACUACGCCUAAAGACGUGCCCGAAGGUGUCAGGACUCCCAAAAGACAGCAUUCCUCUCGGUUCGACGUGUCGGACCAGAGAGCACGCGAGCUUGAAAAGCUUCCUGGCUUUCAUGAGGUCCCGCCCAAUCGAAGACAAGAGCUUUUCAUGCAAAAGAUUGAUCAGUGCAAUAUCAUCUUUGACUUCAACGAUCAGACCGCAGACAUGAAGUCCAAAGAGAUCAAGAGGCUGGCCUUGCACGAGUUACUCGACUAUGUCGCCAACAACAGAUCCGUCAUUACAGAGCCGAUGUAUCCCAAAGUGGUCGAGAUGUUCAGCAAGAACUUGUUUCGACCCGUGCCUCCACCUGUCAACCCUCAGGGCGAGGCCUUUGACCCUGAAGAGGACGAACCUGUUCUUGAGGUCGCCUGGCCUCACAUCCAAGUCGUGUACGAAUUUUUCCUACGCUUUAUCGAGAGUCAAGACUUCAACACCAAUAUUGCCAAAGCUUACAUUGAUCAUCAUUUCGUCCUACAGUUACUGGAACUCUUUGAUUCCGAGGACCCUAGAGAAAGGGACUUUUUGAAAACAACCCUCCAUCGCAUUUACGGCAAAUUCUUGAAUCUUCGGUCAUACAUACGGAGGUCCAUUAAUAAUGUCUUCUUCCAAUUUGUCUACGAGACGGAGAGAUUCAACGGCAUUGCGGAACUUCUUGAAAUCCUCGGUUCCAUUAUCAAUGGCUUUGCCCUUCCUCUGAAGGAGGAACAUAAACUUUUCCUAACUAGAGUCCUCCUACCACUUCACAAGGCCAAAAGUUUGAGCAUGUACCAUCCACAACUCGCUUAUUGCAUUGUUCAGUUCCUGGAGAAGGAUGCUGCACUGACAGAAGAGGUUGUUCUAGGACUGCUUAGAUAUUGGCCAAAGACAAAUAGUACCAAAGAAGUCAUGUUUCUGAAUGAAGUUGAAGAUAUCUUCGAAGUCAUGGACCCCCAGGAAUUUGCAAAAGUGCAGGAGCCGCUCUUCAACCAAUUAGCCAAAUCGGUUGCGAGUCCCCACUUUCAGGUCGCUGAAAGAGCACUAUACUUUUGGAACAACGAGUAUUUCUGUAACCUCGUCAGUGACAAUGUGGAAACAAUUCUACCGAUUAUGUUUGCCCCAUUAUACGAGAAUUCAAAAGGCCACUGGAAUCGCACGAUCCAUGGAAUGGUGUACAAUGCGAUGAAGCUCUUUAUGGAAAUCAACCCUCAACUGUUCGAUGAAUGCUCGCAUGACUACAAUGAACUCCAAAACAGUGCGCCUCAACGAGAGCAAGCCCGUCAAGCCAAGUGGGACAAACUCGCAGAAACGGCCAAGAAGAUGAAAACUGGUGCAGCAGCACCACCUAAAGCCGCCUCGAUUGAGGAGGAAUCCGAAACAGAUGCUGCACAGGAUAAUCAAGAGAGGUUGGAUGCGCUCAAGCUCCACGAUGAAUCUGCGUCGACCAAGACGACGUCGGUAAGUUCUUUCCUUUAG